CAACUCGAGUCACGCUGCGCCAAAGAUGCCAUGGCAGUGACUGGUGCUGUGAUGGAUAUGGCCAAUGACCAUAACCCAGGGCCCUUGUGCAAAAUGGGUUGCAAGCGGCCAUGCGCGAAAGGAGGAUACGACACCUGCUGCAGGGACUGCGCAACCAGCAAUGGUCGAAGCCAUGGCAGCAGCUGCAAAGUGCUUCAGUCCGCCUCUGCUUCUUUGAGCUGCAAAAUGAAUUGUGGCCGGAAUCCUUCACCUGGGUAUCAAACCUGCUGCCGCAGGUGUGCAACUGGACAGGGCCAUGAUGGAGAUUGUGAUGCCAGAAGCCACGGAGCCGCUACAGCUGGCCAUGUGCCUGGCCACGUGGUGCCUGGCCAUGUGGUGUCUGAAGUGAUGCCACCGGAACUCGCUGGGCAUGGGCAACCUGGACCAGUGAUGCCACAUGGCCCCGGUCAUCCGCAUCCAAUGCACCCGGUGCAUCCGCCUUGCGGCCCGGGCCCAUCCUAUGCAGCACCCGGGAGCUUCCUGCUCUGCAUCGAAAGUGCCAAGGAUUUGUACGAUGUUGAUUGGACUGGCAAGAUGGACCCGUAUGUGAUAGUGCGAAGUGGUGGACGAGAGUUCCGCACUCCGGUCAUGACCAAUGCUGGAAGAAAACCCAAAUUCAACUGGGCCCAGAUGGUCGAUUGGCGUGGGGAGCCAGACAUUCACUUCAUCGUCAUGGACAGCAACUUCAUGGUAGCUGACGGGCUCAUUGGAGAAGCUGUGUACAAAGGUUUGCCACUGCAUUCAGAUUUCAAAGGAGCUUUGGAGCUCAUCCGCAAACAUACCUUUGGUGGUUGUCGAAAAGCUGGGAAGCUGAAGGUUGCAAUCCAGUGGCAAAGACCCGGUGCACCAGGUCCGAUGCCCGCGAUACACCAUGGCCAUGGUGCUCACGGUGCUCACAGUGCUCAUGCCGCUCCUGGCGCUGGCUACAUACCAGGACAUCCACCUCUUGGAGGUCAUGAUGCCUUUGGUGUGAGUGCUGCAAUGGCUGGUCAGAUGCUUCUGAUGGGUGCAUAUGGUCCAGGCAAAAAGAUGAAGAAGGACAAAAAAGAAAAGAAGUUCAAGCACAUGCACAAGAAGUCCUCCAAGCAUAGCAGUUCUAGCUCCAGUUCCAGCUCAUCCUGAUUCAAGUGAGAGUAGUCAAGCGAUGGCUAAGAGAGAAGCGGACCUGUAGUGGUGGCUGACAUGAUCGUGUCCUCCCACCUCAUUUUCGUUGUCCAAACA